AUGUUUAAAAGUUUACUAACAACAACAGCCUUUGUGCUAUGUGCAUACCGUAUUAAUUGUUCAAUACAUGGAUCUACAUCUAAUGAAAUACAAAUAGAUAAAACUAACACUAGUGAAAGAUCUGGAAGAUCACUGAAUAAAGAAUGUAAUAACAGUCUUAACGCAAAAUGUAUAAAGAUUCAUGUACUAUCAUUCUUGGAAAAUUUAAGUUCAAAAGAUGAGUUGACACUUCUGCCUGGAUUGAGUAUUGUGAAGGAGAACUACACUUCGAAUACAAGUCCUGAAGAAAUGGCUGCAGAAUUAUCCCGUCAGUUCCCUGGGAAACCAGAGGAGAAGUUGAAUAGAUUUCUUAUUUACCGUUUGCAAGAUUACUUGGAUGGUCACUCUUUAAGGUACAAGUUAUUGGAUCCGAAGACAUCGCAGGAGGCCUUGGAAAUGGCUAACGGCGACGGGGAAUCAGUGGGAAGGAAAGGAGGUGGAGGAGGUUUAGGAGGUGGCGGCAAAGGAGGUGGCGGUGGCGCUUUGCUCGCUGCUGCAUUGAUGAUGAAAGGUGCUUUAGGCGCAGCAGCAUUGGGUGCACUGGCGUUGUUAGCUGGGAAGGCGCUUAUGACAGCAUUAAUGUCAUUACUUUUAUCAGCAUUAGUGGGAUUGAAAGGUGGUGGUGGUCACAAGUCUACCACUUAUGAGAUCAUCACCAAACCAGAAGUAUCCCACCACCAUUCACAUAGCCAUGAAGAACACCAUGAGCACGAACAUGGACAUCAUGGUGGUUACAGACGAGCUUAUGACGCUGAUUACAAUAGUUACAUGCCUUAUGAUAAUGUAAGUUAA